AUGUCUUCCAUUCUACACACCUUUGUCCACUUUCUUCACAAAUCUUUGUCAUUCAUUACAGGACUGUUCCACUCGUUCUUCGAUCGCUUUACUGGUGGAAGGCGAGCGACUCAGGAGCCCGGUACACCAGGAACUGACCGCAACCGCCAUAGCUUCUUUACUAUCGUCCAACUUGUCUCAUCCCAGAAGCCGAAAGGGUUGAAGCCUUUUGUCCUGCCACAGAAUGUCAUCCUGCGGCGGCUUGACGACGUCAGAUGUAGGACUACCCAAGGCCAAGAGAUGGCAUCGCCGACGAACUCCAGUGACCCGGAGCUUGGCCGUUGUGAUAUCGUCAAUUCUCGGGGAUCUCCACGACUGUCUCGUCCCCUGUCCGUUCGCCCGCUGUUACCUAUGCCUUCGUUUUCUCCUCCCUCAUCUGGGAUUCGCAGCUCUUGGCCACCUGUCUUUGACACGCAGCUCCAGUCCGGCAAGAACUCGCUUCCCUGCGACGAAGGCCUGUCAAUGUCCCUGUCAUCCACUUCCCUCAAAGUAUGGACAAGCUCUCCUCAAGGGAAACAAUUUCGCUCGCCUACUCGCCCGAACUGCUCCUAUUCGCCGGGUGCGGGAGAGAACCGGUUCGCUUCUCCAUUCGGCAACCGAGGCAGCACGUACUUUGCUCCAUACUUCAAUGGUGUCCCCUCUGUCGCAUCUGCAGCUGAUCUACUCGACUUCUCGGUCUAUGCUAGCUCCCCACGUGUCAACGUGGAAUACUCCUCUACGAUUGACGCUCCCGGUGAAAGACAGCGGCUGGAGAAACUGAGGUUCACAGCCAAGAUCUCCACUGUGGUCUAUGAUCCCGUUAUUCGAGAGGUGUUCACGCUGCGUCCCAGCUACGGCGCGCGUACUCCGGGGCGUGGCAAACGCAACGUCCAGAAAGUCGUUGUUGCCACACCCCCUUCGUCACCGAUCUCGUCCGUUUCUGACUGGUCAGCGUCCGGCCUCUUUUCAAGUCUGGCUGAACAAACAUCUUCCUCUCCUUGCACGACGCACACAAGAUCGCUUUCGGCUUGCUGUAUCUCCAGUCCUCGCGAUCUGUCUGGUGCUGAAAUCGGCGGGAUUAACCCUGGCUCCGUGCCACGAGUCACUGUCCGACCUGUCGGCUUUCCUGCGAAGAGCCUCGUUCCCAAUUCCGCAUCCUGUCCCGACAUAUCCAGUGGUUCUAUCGGUCGCACCGCCGCUCGUACGUGUGAGGUCAUCAUGUCUUGA